GGGACGAACACGAGCCAAUUCAUAUCGCCUGCUGAGAGAAUACGACAGAAGCCCUUGAAACGUUGCAGAGAAACGUUUCGGUAUAGAAACUACACAAGCCAUAAUUAGUGGCUGACAUAAGCAUCACACCUGGCAUUUGCCGACGGACCAUUGACGGACCACAUUGAUAGGAAAUCCUUUGCAAGUCUCUCAAACCACCACCAUGAUCAUCCCAGUGAGAUGCUUCUCGUGUGGAAAAGUCAUCGGGGACAAAUGGAACGCAUACCUCGAGUUACUAGCUAACGAUAUGAGCGAAGGUGACGCUCUCGAUGAAUUGCAGCUGAAGCGAUAUUGCUGUCGGCGAAUGGUGCUCACGCACGUUGAUCUCAUCGAAAAACUUCUGCAUUACAAUCCAAUGGAGCGCUCGAAGGACAAGAACUUUUGAUACCUUCUGUGCAGAGUGUGUUCCAUACAACUCGAACUGUUGCAG